AGAUUAGCUGUCGCUCUUACUUUUAGUGGCGGUGCUGCCUGUCAAGCAGUGAGGGAGACAGAGAGUCUUGCUGCGCUCUGAGAACCACACCAGCUCUUUGAAACCAGGUCCUUGAUUGAUUAGCCAGUGGAAAGAUGGCUGCCCAGAUCACCCAGGAGGAAAUGGAGGAGAUGAGAGAAGCUUUCUCAAAGAUUGAUGUCGACUCCAAUGGGUACAUCAGCACCAAUGAGCUCAAUGACCUCUUCAAGGCAGCCAACCUGCCCCUGCCAGGGUAUAGAAUCAGAGAAAUCAUUCAGAACCUCAUGGCCACUGGGGACUUGAAUAACGACGGUCAAAUCAGCUUCGACGAGUUCAUCAAUGUUGUACACGGGCUGAAGAGCACGGAGGUGGCGAAGACGUUCAGGAAGGCCAUCAACAAGAAAGAGGGCAUCUGCGCCGUCGGAGGGACGUCGCAGCAGUCCUGCGCGGGAACACAGCACUCCUACUCAGAGGAAGAAAAAUACGCCUUUGUCAACUGGAUAAAUAAGGCGCUUGAAAAAGACCCUGACUGCCAGCAUGUUCUUCCCAUGGAUCCCAACAGUGACGACCUGUUCAGCGCGGUUGGGGACGGGCUGGUCCUCUGUAAGAUGAUCAACCUCUCUGUUCCUGACACCAUUGAUGAAAGAACAAUCAACAAAAAGAAGCUCACUCCUUUCACCAUACAGGAAAACUUGAACCUGGCGCUGAAUUCUUCCUCUGCCAUCGGGUGCCAUGUGGUGAACAUCGGCGCUGAGGACCUGAAGGAGGGCAAGCCCCACCUGGUGCUGGGUCUGCUGUGGCAGGUCAUCAAGAUCGGGCUGUUUGCGGACAUCGAGAUCAGCAGGAACGAGGCUCUCAUCGCCCUGCUGCGAGAAGGAGAGAGCCUGGAGGACCUGAUGAAGCUCUCUCCUGAGGAGCUCCUGCUGCGCUGGGCGAACUACCACCUGGAGAAUGCAGGCGUCGGCAAAAUCAACAACUUCACCUCCGAUAUCAAGGACUCCAAGGCCUACUACCAUCUGCUCAACCAGAUUGCACCCAAGGGUGACGAUGAAGGAAUCCCUCCCAUAGCCAUUGACAUGUCGGGGCUCAGAGAAAAGGAGGACCUGAAGAGAGCAGAGUGCAUGCUGGACCAGGCCGACCGCCUGGGCUGCCGGCAGUUUGUCACGGCGACUGACGUUGUCCGUGGAAACCCCAAGCUGAACCUGGCUUUCAUCGCUAACUUGUUCAACAAGUACCCAGCCCUGCACAAGCCAGAGAACCAGGACAUCGACUGGAGCAGCAUUGAGGGUGAGACCAGGGAAGAGAGGACAUUCAGGAAUUGGAUUAAUUCUCUUGGCGUGAAUCCACGGGUCAACCACCUUUAUGGGGAUCUGGCAGAUGCACUGGUGAUCUUCCAGCUCUACGAGAAGAUUAAAGUUCCAGUGGACUGGAGAAGGGUGAACAAUCCCCCUUACCCCAAACUUGGUGGAAACAUGAAGAAGCUGGAAAACUGCAAUUAUGCAAUAGAGCUGGGGAAGAACCAGGCCAAGUUUUCGCUGGUGGGGAUUGCUGGACAAGACCUGAAUGCAGGAAACCGCACGUUAACUCUGGCUUUACUGUGGCAGCUGAUGAGGAGGUACACCCUGAACAUUCUGGAGGAUAUUGGCGAUGGCCAGAAGGUUAAUGAUGACAUCAUUGUGCACUGGGUCAAUGAGACGCUGGCACAGGCUGGAAAAGGCACCUCCAUCUCAGGCUUCAAGGAUGGACAGAUAACCACCAGCAAGCCAGUGCUGGACCUGAUUGAUGCCAUCCAGCCCGGCUCCAUCAGAUAUGACAUCCUGAAGUUUGAAGACCUGUCCGAUGAGGAGAAACUCAACAACGCCAAAUACGCCAUCUCCAUGGCCAGGAAGAUCGGAGCCCGGGUGUACGCCCUGCCGGAGGACCUGGUGGAGGUGAAGCCCAAGAUGGUGAUGACAGUCUUCGCUUGCCUCAUGGCCCGGGGGAUGAAGAGAGUGUGAGAGCAGGGACCCCUCCCUCCCACGCUGAGACAGGAACAGACGAUGUGCCGCCUGCACACUCCCAACUCGCACCGCGCGCUGUGGAACUAUGGACACGCACACGCACACACAUGACCAGCCUUACACUCAUCUCUCCAAGCCUGAAGCACUGAGUUAUUAGGAGCAAAUACUGCAGCGUGACAUUUCACGUCCAGAAUGAUAAUGGUGUUUUCACUCUUCCUCUUUGAAGCAUUUUUAACAUCAACAUUACAUAAUCUGAGAUUUUUUAAAUAAUAAUCCAGUGCUUUGUGGCUGAAAAAAAAACCCCAACUAUAUACACUUUUUCUCACUUGACAGUUUUUGAAGUCUAUACAAAUCAAUUAAUUCUCAUCUUUGUCGUGCUCACUAUCAUGUGAUUAUCUUGUGGUACAGCCAAGAUAGUAAUAAGGUUUUUGAAAAAAAGCAAAAAAUGAUAUUUGCUUAACCACGUGCAUUGCGCACAAGAAUCUUUCUUUGAAAGCUUCCUAACAUCAGCAGUAUAAAUGAUCAUUUGAGGGAAUUAACUGAAAAAGUUCAGUGACACGGAAUGAAAAUACAGAUUGUUUACAAUAUUAGAAGGAGAAAUUGUGAAGGUCUUUUGAAUAUUACCUGGCAGCAUUUCUGUUGGUGUUAAAAGUGACCUGUAUCACCAGCUUUUAAUAAAAAUAUUUAAUGUACUGUG